AUGCAUGCCGUCUGGCUGCUGCUGUGUUUCCUUUCGACUUGCCGAGCUGGAGCUCAGGAGCACGAGCUCUGGGAUGUCUAUGAGGACGAGUAUAACAUUCCCGGCAGUGAUGCUCAUGGCGGCCGCCAUCGUCGCUACAGUCCGUAUAAUACGUGGGCGCCGCAGCACCGGCCGCGCAAGGCCGACAUUCUGAGGAAGGACUUCUUCAAGCAGUUCAUCACCCACUUUCGCGACCCGGCCAUCAACGCGUGCGAUAACUUCUACCGGCACGUGGAAAAUCGUCACGAUGAGUCUUGGGGAAUUGUGGGCGGCGCGUUCGAGGAUGAAAUAGAAUUCGACUUUGUGCCGGAUCCCGACCAACUAAUGGGGCGCCAGCUGCAAGAAGAAAUGCGAGAGAUGGUCGAGGAGAUGCACGAAGACGUGCCAACGCUGCGCGAGGAGGGCAGAUUGCUCGGAACGUUAAUGAAAGACACUUUGUACAUCGCCGAUCGUGUCGAGGUCAUGACCGACGUCUUGGUAUUUUUUUGU